UUUAACAGUAAACAAGGGAUGCUGGCAUAACAGCUCUGUAUUUGGUUAGUGAUUUUGUUAAGUUAGUGCACUAACCAUAGAACAGUGGUUAUUGUUUGCAAGUGGUUAAAAUGCUGCAGUCAAACCGUGUCUUGCUAAAAGAGCAGACUCAUUUAUAUGCCAUAGAAAAGAAGCUAGUCAGGGUGCUGCCCGUUAUUCAGGAAGCAUUGAAUUCGCUUAAGGUUGAGGAGCUGCAUUUAAAAUCCAAUUCAGUGCAUCAAGUGACGUCCAUGGAAUCAUCAAAUGUGGGCAUGAGUCGGGAAAUCUGUGAUCAAAGCAUGACCACACCGAAUGAGGAAAUAAACCGUCAGGAAAUUGACUUGCAGUUAUUCGAAAACGACUUUCAACAGUUUGAUGUGGAAAUUGAAUCGGACUGACCGAAAUUACAGCUGUUCACAAUCAUUUAUUGGUACAAAUUUAGCUAAUUGAAAAUAUUUGCCAAACUCAUUGCGUACUAAAUUAAAACUAUUUUAAAAUAAAGUAAUUAUAAAAUGUUUCCAUAUUUGUGAAUUACCGGUAAAAUCACUCAAAGAAAGUAAACUAAACUACUAAAGCUAUGUAUGCAUUAUA